UUUUGUUUUUGCGCAUAGAAGUCUGGGAUACGAGGCUAACGAUUGGUUUCCACGUAUAAUUAAUCUUAUGGCUGAUGUCAACCCCACUGGAGACUGGAAUCCACUUGGUGAAGUGUUCUACAGGAAGUACGAGUUAUACUCCAUGAACUGGAUAGCAGACCAAGUGGAUUUAGCAGGGUUUAUGGUGGCUGGAGCUCCAUAUGGAGGACCGAUAGCUCUUGUUCGGGAUGAAAAGAAGAUCAUAAGAGUAAAGGGAGCUGCAACGAAGCCAAUCGUUUACAUUUACACAGCCAGCGGCAAUCUCAUUGCAAGCUUCAAGUGGGAUGGAGGACGUAUUGUGCAGAUGGGAUGGUCAAAGAUACACGAUCUGAUUCUGGUUCUUGAAGAUGGACUUAUUAGGAUUAUUGAUAUACAUGGAGAGUACAAGAGGUCACUCAGUUUGGGAGAGGAAGUCAAAGCAUCAAAAAUUCUUGACGCUCGUGUUUUCCAGUCACAGGCUGGCACCGGGGUGGUUGCAUUGAAUAGUUCGUAUCGAUUUUUUGUCAUCAGUGACAUCGAACGAGGACAAAUGAAGAGACUUGCAGACAUUCCUGACAUUGACAUCCCACCCAGCAGUUGGGUCGUAAUUCCUGAAGAUCGUCGAGUACGAGUCCUUGUUGCCGUCGGCAACAAGCUGUACCUUACUGACGCGACGCAAACACAAUUACAGGAUCCCGAGGCAAAGCACUUGCCAGAGGCGUAUGUGGAGAUGGCCGUGUCGUUUGAUUAUCGAUAUUUGGCCAUGUUUGGGUCGAACGGCUUUCUUUGGGUUGGACGGUCGAACAUGAAGGAGGUUUUUUGUGAGUGUGAUACUCAAGCUGUUCAACGGCCGCAGCAACUUGCGUGGUGUGGCUCGGGUGCUAUUGUUGCCGUUUGGAAAGACAUACUGUUUAUGGUUGGACCAAACAAAGACUGGAUCAAUUUUCAUGUUUCUGGUGAAGUGUGUCUUGUUCCGGAGCCAGAUGGUCUUCGAAUCAUUGACAAUGACGUACACUCAUUCCUGGAACGCGUGCCAGACGUUGUGGAGGACGUGUUCAAGAUUGGAUCUGUAGAGUCAGGAGCAGUCUUGUUUGACGCUUUCAGAGAGUUUGAGAAAAAGAGUGCAAAGGCGGACGAAUAUCUUCGUGUUAUUCGGGAAAACCGAACUCUCGAAGCUGCAGUCAAUCAAUGCAUACAAGCUGCUGGAGCAGAAUAUAUGCCGAAAGUACAGAGAGCUCUGCUCAAGGCUGCAUCAUUCGGCAAAUGCUUCAUUGAUGACUACAAUCCAAUGCCCUUCUACAACAUGUGUCGCAAUCUACGUGUCUUGAAUGCAGUGAGAGACUACCAGAUAGGAAUGCCCAUCACACUCACACAGCUGGAGAACAUGACUCUACGAGUGCUGAUCGAUCAUCUUGUGGCACGGCGGCAUUUCUGUUUGGCUAUUCGUAUUUGUGAUUAUAUGGGCGUGUCUGACUUGAAAGGAGGCAGCAGGAUACUUGCACAUUGGGCUUGUUACAAGGUACAGCAGAGCAAUGUGAGUGACCAGGAGUUGGCUGAUCAGAUUGCUCAGAAGCUGGGCGACACUCGAGGCAUCUCGUACACAGAUAUUGCAUCAAGAGCCAUUGACAGUGGACGAAAAGAUCUCGCCAUUCGACUACUCGAUUACGAGCCACGAGCCGCCAACCAAGUUCCACUUCUAAUUCAAAUGAACGAGAUGACAAGAGCACUCGACAAAGCAAUCAGCAGUGGCGACACAGACCUCAUGUUUACAAUGGUAAUGCAGCUCAAGGACAGUCUCACAAGGGAAAAGUUUCUGAGAACAAUUCAGCAACAUCCGGUUGCUCUUAAUCUUUACAUGCAGUGGUGUCGCAAUGAGAACAAGAUCGAACUGAAAGAUUUGUAUGAGAUGUUGGAUAGAAGGACAGACCAGGCGUCUGUGUGUCUAGAGUUGGCAUCCACUGCAAAAGGUCUCAAUCAGAGGGUGGAGUGGCUGGAGCAAUCGAGGAGUUUGUACGGAGUGGGAAGGCAAUUGUUCGAAACGAAGGCCACUGAAGAUCAGAUAAGGCUUUUGAAACAUCAGAAGAUGCUGGAAGAAAAGCUGGGCUCCAAGUUUAUUGGCUUGCCACUGUCAGACACGAUGUAUCAGUUGAUGCUGAGAAACUCUCCAUUUGUUGAGACUUUGAAGAGCGAAUUCAAAGUUCCAGAAAAGAGAUAUUGGUGGAUGAAAAUAAAGGCUUUAGCUGAGACACACAAUUGGCUAGAACUUGAGAAAUUUGCGAAUCGCAAAAAGUCGCCCAUCGGCUAUGAGCCUUUUGUUGACGUUUGCUAUCAGAAUGGUAGUCGGACGGAGGCAGUGAAGUAUGUUGCUAAAGUUAGUCCCGAGAAUCAAGUGAAAUGUUAUGUUCAAGUUGGCUCAUUGGAGUUGGCCGCUGACCGUGCUUUCCAGCAACGCAGCGAGGCACUACUGGAUUACGUCCAGUCUCGCUGUGGUCUUUCACGUCGAGCUCUGGUUGACAAAAUCAAUGGAAUGAAAGCACAGCUGGCACAGCCUCGACGAUGACUUGACUAUAAAUAUUACAAAACGGCAUGCAAACUGGUUUCUACGUGAUUGUACAUAUGCACCUCUGCCUUCGAUGCAAGCUCUGCAGUGCGAUGAGUUGCCUGCUUUAUGGUGUUUUUGAGGUUUAAAACGAUUCGUUGGUUUAUAUGUAGUGUGAUAUGUCUUGCUAUCCAGAUGUUGUGAGCAUGGCUAGACUAAAACAAAAACUAAAAAGUUGUCUAAUAGGAUUAUGCUAGCAGC